AUGUUACGAAAGCGGCCUAGGAGAGGGGAAAGAACCAUGGAAAGUCCAGCAACUGCGCGUCUGAGAGAGGCGGUUGCUAGUGGCAAUGUAAAACUCGUUCGUGAACUGAUCAGAGAAGGAGCUUCUGUAAAUCAUAUGGAUCCAAACGGAUGGACUUUGUUGCACCUUGCGGCGAGUAGAGGCAAGGAGCGCACGUUAAGGGUCUUGCUGGAAAAAGGAGGUGACGCAUUUGCGCGAGAUUUCGUCGGAGGUUUUACGGCCCUCCAUUACGCGGCAAUGCACGGUCGAACUAGAAUCGCGAAGUUGUUAUUAGAUUUUAAAGGCUUGGACAAAGAAAAACUUGUCGAUGCCAGGAGCGAAGAUGGCUGGACACCCUUACACGUGGCAGCGCAUUAUGGCAGGGACUCGUUUGUCGAGCUUCUGUUAGAAUCAAAGGGUUACGUGGACGCUCUGAGCGACAAAGGCACUACAGCUCUUCAACUAGCAAUAAUACGCGAAAGAACAAGCUCGAUUAAGGUUUUACUGAACUGGGGAGCUAACAUAGACGUUCAAUUUGGAUUUCCUCUUCGUUACGCGGUUAUAAAAGGUAACAUAAAUUGUGUUCGAAUGCUGGUAGAACAUGGGGCUCUCACGAGCAUAAAGAGGCCGGAAGAUGGACAAACUCCUUUACAUUUAGCGGCGCUGAGGAAUAGCGAACCCUUGGCGCGUUUGCUGUUUAAGUUUGGUGCUGAUGUAAAUGUUUUCAACGAUGAAGGACUUACCCCUUUAGCUAUAUCAAGAAUGAUGUACAAUGUAAACACUGCAGACAAAGGCUGCUUGGAGUUUCUUAUAAGUGUAUCAAGUAAGUAUUUACAAUACCAAAAAGUGAUAGAUAAAAAUAAAACACAAUAAAACAAAUACUCUAUCUAAGAGGUAAUAAAAUACAAUGGAAAUAAAGCAAUAUGUCAACAUAGUGUUGUGCUUUGUUGAUUGCAAAAUUAUUUUGCCAUGCACAAUAUGUUUACAUGUACCCAUUUUUUGGGAAUAUUGUAAUUAGAUUCCCAAAAAAGGUACAUGUGGGUAAAUGUAUUGUUUUCUUGUUUCUGCACUCAUUAAGUUUUAGGACUUGGUGGCUGAUGUAAUAAGAGAAUAUUAAGAGUAAUAAACAUCUUUUCCCCAUUUCCCAUGAGUGUGUUCUCAUGAACUUCAUUAAUGGUACAAUAACUCAAUCAACAGAUUUUUUUCUGAGUUUUUGAAUACUGAAAUAUAGGGAAACUGGGAAAAAGAAACAAACCCUCUACACAUCAGACAACAGUCAGGCAUCUUAAGUUGUAUAACCACUGUGCUAACAAACAAAGAGAUUCACGGCAAGCAACAUGUAUAAGGCCAUUUAGUCAGUUUUUUGUGAUACAGCCAAGAUGAUUUACUGUAUGUCAAAAGUAUGUACGUGUAGAGAAAAAGGAACAUCAUAUCGCGAGAGGAUCAGUUUAAGAAAUGGAGAUAGUACAGUAAUUAUUAUUAUGCAAUUGAAUUUACAGCUUUUCAAUCUAGAAAUAUUGUAUUGAUUUCCAUUGUUCCUUUUCUAGAAAAUCCAAGAAGUCUGCAAGAUUCAUGCCGGUUUGUCAUUCGAGAUGCUCUUGGUGCCAGACGUUUAGCAGAGAUUGCAAAGCUACCAGUAUCAAAUAUAAUGAAAGAUUUCCUUCUUUACAAGUAUGAGUAG